GCUGCUGCUUUUACCACUAUCUAGACAGCUGCUUCCAUUGCAGGGACGCUAGGAACUGGAAGCAAUCUUGAUGAAUCCAAAAGAAUGAUGAAGUCCUCUGUACAUACAGAAGAGGAUGACUUUGUUCCAGAGCUUCAGAGAAGCAUUCAUCCCCGAGAGAGGCCGGAUUGGGAAGAGACUCUCAGUGCUAUGGCGAGAGGUGCAGAUAUCCCUGAGAUUCCAGGGGAGCUGCCUCUUCGGACGUGCGGCAGCACAGCGAGCAUGAAAGUGAAGAAUGUGAAAAAGUUAUCCUUUACCAAGGGCCACUUCCCGAAGAUGGCAGAGUGUGCACAUUUCCAUUAUGAGAAUGUGGACUUUGGCAACAUACAGCUUUCACUCCCGGAGGAACAGAAUGAAGUAACAAGGAACGGCUGUGAAUCCAAGGAACUGGUCUACCUUGUGCAAAUUUCUUGUCAGGGCAAGAGCUGGAUUGUGAAACGGAGUUAUGAAGAUUUCAGAGUCCUUGAUAAACAUCUCCACCUGUGUAUCUAUGAUCGGCGUUUCUCUCAGCUCUCAGAGCUACCCCGCUCCGAUGCCCUGAAGGACAGUCCAGAGCUUGUCACCCAGAUGCUGAUGGCUUACCUGUCCCGGCUCUCAGCCAUCGCAGGCAACAAGAUCAACUGUGGGCCUGCCCUCACAUGGAUGGAGAUUGAUAACAAGGGGAAUCACCUGCUAGUCCAUGAAGAAUCAUCCAUUAACGUGCCUGCCAUUGCGGCUGCCCACGUUAUUAAGAGAUACAUUGCUCAGGCAGCAGAUGAACUGUCCUUUGAGGUGGGAGACAUUGUGUCCGUUAUUGACAUGCCGCCAAAGGAGCUGACCACGUGGUGGAGGGGCAAACAUGGAUUUCAGGUGGGAUUCUUUCCGAGCGAGUGUGUUGAGUUAAUUAACGACAAAGUUCCUCAAUCUAUGACCAACUCUGUGCCAAAACCAGUGUCAAAAAAACACGGCAAGCUCAUCACUUUCCUACGAACAUUCAUGAAGUCGCGCCCAACGAAACAGAAACUGAAGCAACGCGGGAUCCUGAAAGAGAGGGUGUUCGGCUGCGACCUGGGAGAGCAUCUCCUCAACUCCGGCCAUGAUGUCCCCCAGGUCCUCAAGAGCUGCACCGAAUUCAUUGAGAAACACGGCAUUGUGGAUGGAAUAUACCGCCUGUCAGGAAUUGCGUCAAAUAUCCAGAAGCUACGCCACGAGUUUGACUCAGAGCAGAUCCCCGACUUGACUAAAGAUGUUUACAUUCAAGAUAUCCACUGUGUGGGCUCCCUCUGUAAGCUCUACUUCCGCGAGCUCCCCAACCCCCUGCUCACAUAUCAGCUGUACGAGAAGUUCUCAGAUGCUGUGUCUGCUGCUACAGAUGAAGAGCGAUUGGUUAAAAUUCAUGAUGUCAUCCAGCAACUACCCCCACCGCACUACAGGACACUGGAGUUCCUAAUGAGGCACUUGGCUCAUCUAGCAGAUUACUGCUCCAUCACAAACAUGCAUACCAAGAACUUAGCAAUUGUCUGGGCGCCAAACCUACUAAGAUCGAAACAGAUAGAGUCUGCCUGUUUCAGUGGAACAGCUGCCUUCAUGGAGGUCCGAAUCCAGUCCGUGGUGGUGGAAUUUAUCCUGAAUCACGUUGAUGUCCUCUUCAGCUCCAAACUCAGCUCAGUCAUACGAGACGGGGCAGGUCACACUUCCUUAUCACGCCCCAAAUCACUGCUCGUGUCCUCGCCCUCAACUAAGCUGCUCACCCUGGAGGAGGCACAAGCAAGGACGCAAGCCCAGAUCAACUCCCCUAUAGUGGCAGACAGUAAAUACAUUGAAGUGGGAGAAGGCCCUGCUGCAUUACAGGGGAAAUUCCACACCGUCAUAGACUUUCCAUCUGAAAGAAAAAGACCGCCCAACAAGAUGAAGAAAUCCCCUGUUGGCAGUUGGCGCUCCUUCUUCAACCUGGGAAAAUCCUCUUCUGUCUCCAAGCGGAAACUGCAGCGCAAUCCAAGUGAGCCCUCCGAAAUGAAAGCCAUAGCGCUGGCAGGUGGGAGAGGAGAUAGCGGGACCCUGCGCUCAGCUAAAAGUGAAGAGUCUCUCACUUCCCUGCAUGCUGUUGAUGGUGAAUCUAAACUGUUCCGGCCUAGAAGACCCAGGUCCAGUAGCGAUGCACUGUCUGCUUCCUUCAAUGGGGAGCUCCUGGGGACCAUGAACCGCUGCAAUUCUUAUGAUAACCUGCCCCAUGACAAUGAGAGCGAUGGGGACGAGGGGCUGAUUCAUGUUCCUGCCCUCAUCUCUCCUAGGUCAGCAGAAGAUGUUGACCUGAGCCCACCGGAUAUUGGAGUAGCUAGCCUGGAUUUUGACCCUAUGUCUUUUCAGUGCAGUCCACCCAAGGCAGAGUCCGAGUGCAUGGCUAGCAGCAUCUCUCUGUUGGAGUCCAUGGGUUUUAACAGGGACAAGCCAAGCGUAGCUAAGAAGGAUUUGGAGUCUGGAAGCCAGAGUCAGACCCCUGGCAGUGCCACAAGUUCUGAACCAGUGUCCCCCUUCCAAGAGAAAAUGAGUCCCUUCUUUACUCUGGACCUGAGCCCAACUGAGGAGAAAGAAUCCAAAACCCACUCCUUCUCGGAGAAGGUUGCCCAUGCCUUCUCACCUAAGACGGGCCGAAAGCCAAUCAAGUCUCCGCUGGUGACUAUAUCAGAGCCAGUCUCUUUGACGCUGCCCAGACAAGCAUGUGAAGGGAUGCCUAGUGCUGCGGGGAAUGCGGCUUCUCCAAACUGGAGCAAAAGCGUCAACGAAGCCACAGACAGGUCCCCAACCCAGAGGAUGUCUUUGUCCCUGAAAGCCAGCGAGAUGGCAGCAGGUGAGGGAUGCCACCAAGAGGCCCAGACCCAGGUGACUGCUGCCAAGCCAGAGUUGCAAGAAGAAGGGGAGCGACCCAUGCCAAGCAGCCAGAAUAAGACUGUACCUUCUGGACACACUCAGCCAGGAGCAGUUGCCCUCGACUCCCCCCAGGAUCCUGUUCCUGUCAGUUCUGUGUCUCUUAUCCCUCCUCCUCCUCCGAAAAACGCAGCACGCAUGCUGGCCUUAGCGUUAGCUGAGUCCGCACAGCAAGCAUCUACUCAGUCCCAGAAGAAGCCAGGAGAUGCUCAUUCUGACUGUACAAAUUACAGAGAGACUGACAUUGGUAUAGCUAUAGAAAAGGUCCACCUCUCUGCUGGGGCUGCUCCAGACAAGCUCCAUCUGUAUACGGAUGUUCCUGAGAACCAAAUCCACUUCCAGAGUGGGGCACCUGGGGAUCAACUCCAGAGUGGGGCACCUGUAGACCAGGACCUCACUAGGACACCUGGGGACCGCAGUCAUCUACACCGUAGUACACCUGGAAACAGGGACCAGCCCCAUCUGCAUACUGGCAUGCCUGGGGACUUGCAUAGUGGCACAAAGGUGGACUGGAACCACUCCAACUUCCAUACUGGAACAGUGGGGGACGAGGACCACUUCCCCUCCCAUUCAGGUGGCCCUGGGGAUUGGGAGCACACUCCUCUCCAUACAGGUGCUUUGCUUAGCCGGGAACCAUCCACAACAGAUGUGCCUAUAGACCAGCCACACCUCCAUACUUGCAUAUCUAUGGAUAAGUAUCACAUCCCUGUGGAGAAGCUUCAUGUUCCUGCCAGCACAGCUGAUGACAAACUCCAGCCUCCUCCUGUAGCUGCCAGGGAGAAAACCGCCAUGGCUACAAUGACAUACAUGACAACUACCCAGACACCAGCAACUGAGAUGAGUCAUGGAACAGCAGGUCAGCACAUGGCCUCUGAACCCACCGCUCAGGCAGAUGUUAUUGUCACGGCUGCUCAGCGCAUUCUUAUGACCAAUUCCCUAGCACCAUCUCAGAGACAAGCAGACCAUCAGCCAGCCAUGGGACAAGUUCCAGCCGUAGCCACCAAAGGAUCAAGUAGUUCCAACCAGGUACGAGGAGCACCGCCUCCAGAGAAGCCGCCUGAGCCUCGACUAGCGGAGCCUGCUCCAGUUUUUGUCACCGAAAGUAGCUCCGCUAUCCGAUGUACCUCGUCCACCUCUGCGUCCCACCAGGGCCAUUUGGAAAAGUCCCGAGAGAACGUCAGGGCUCCCUCUUUGCACCUGCGUUCGGAAUUGGUCCCCACACACUCCUCCUAUGGCUUUGCGCCCCCCAUCCCGCCCGUGAGAACGCUGGAGAGUAAGAUAGCUGCAGCCAUGCACUCCAACAGUAUGGAUGCAGUGAAUACCUCCACUUACCAUUCCUUCCUGGCUUCCUCCAUUCUGCCAUCAUCUGUGGAGGAGGCUUUGCCCCCACCGCCACCGCCCAAGCACGCCUCUCUGCAGUCUGCAUAUCUGCCCCAUCCCAAGCCAGAGAGCAUCCCUGAGCCGCCCAUGUCAGAGAACUAUCUGCACCACAAGCCAGCGUCCGUCCAUCAGUACAGGCCAGAGAGCGUCCCGCCGCAUCUCUCCUACCACGGCAAAUCCGACCAGCACCAAGCUUAUGCCUCCAGGUCGGAAACGCCCACUUCCAUGGGCCCCCGCUACACCGCCUAUGCCAGCCAAGGGAAGAACACGUCAGCCCAUCAUUCCAAGCCUCGCAACCGCGUGGAGUACGCGUCCUCCAUGAGCCCUACCACCCUGCGGAGCACAGGGUAUGCGGAGGAGCCUCCGCCCUACCCCACCAUCCGCCGGGUGCAGUCAUUGCACGUUUCCACCCCUUCCACCAUCCGCUCCGUCCCCAUUUCGCGGACAGAGGUGCCUCCCGAUGACGAGCCCGUGUACUGCCCGCGGCCCCUUUAUCAGUAUAAGCCAUGCCAGCCCCACUCAGAUUAUCACGUCACUCAGCUGCAGCCUUACUUCGAGAAUGGGCGCGUGCAUUACAGGUAUAGCCCUUAUUCCAGCUCGUCUGGCUCCUCUUAUUACCCCACAGCAGCAGAUGGGGGGUUUUAUGACCUGGACCCCUACAGCACGAUGCGGCUUAGGCAUUUCCACCCCCUUCCUAGCCGAGACUUUGCAUCUUACACCUCCAGGCUGCAAAAUAAGAAUCUGUACCGCUAUCCCGGCCUGCCUGCCUAUCCUCGGGGAGGCCUGAUGAGCCACCUGGCAGGAAAAGAGCACAGCUUUAUCAGCAGAGAUGUGCCCCCAGCCCCGGACAUCAAGCACACAUACAUGUCAUGGGACCUGGAGGACAUGGAGAAAUACCGCCUGCAGUCCAUCCGCCGGGAGAGCCGCUCACGCCAGAAAGUGAAAGGGCCCGUGAUGUCCCAGUACGACAACGUGACUCCUCUGCUGCAGGAGGAGCUGGGGGGGCUGGACAUCAUCCACCUCCGCAGCAAAUCGGAUCCUGGGAAAACUGGUCUCCUGACUGUAGCCGAAGGGAAAGAAGGGAGGUAUCCAACCAAGGCAGCCACCCCCGAAGGGGACGAGCGUUACUAUCUGCAGCGCUCCGAGCCGGAGCCGGACAGGUCCCAUUACCAUGGGGCCUAUGGGAACGGGCAGUCAGAGAAGCCUUCCCUCCCCCAGAAGCAGAGCAGCAUCAGGAGUCGAAAGCUGCAUGAGCCGGGCUGCAACGCUACAGAGCACAGGGGACACCUGCAGCAGGAAGCGAGCCAUCGGCAGCCUUCGGAAUCCAAAAAUGGGCCCCCUUACCCAGACUACAGGCCCAAGGGUGGCCAGGAACCCAUGGAGCCCGUUGGUUUCCAGCACGCGGGUGGGAAGUACGUCACAGCCGGACAGGAGGCCCUGCGACCCAACCACAAGGAGGUGAAGCUGGCAGAGGACCGGCCGGACUUGGAAAGGCCUCGAGCCAGGCAAAUAGCCCCUGCCGAGAAACACACCAGAGACUGCUAUAAUAAAGAGGAGGAGCACCACGUCCAACCCAUGGCGCCGCCUCCCAAGCCAGAACGGAGCCACAGCCUCAGACUCCGGCAUCCGGAGAGCAUGGACAGGGACCCCGGCCUCCUGUACCCAUACCAAACCCUUGGCAAACGCCAAAGCAGUCUGACAGUGGUGUCCCAGUACGAUAAUUUGGAGGAUUACCAUACCAUGCCUCAGCACCAAAGAGGGGGCUACCUUGGAGGAGGGGCGUUCAUGCCCCCUGGCUUUCCCCAUUCACACAGUAGGACAUAUGCCACAGCAUUGGGCCAAGGGGCCUUCCUCCCUUCAGAGCUGUGUUUGCAGAGGCCAGAAACAGAGAUCCAUGCCGAGUGAGCUGGGGGAAGGAGGGAUAGAGCCUAAGCAGCCUCUGCUGGACAGUGGACUGUUUUAUUUUUUCAAUGACAAAAUUUAAAACAAAAAAACAAACAAAAAAACCCCCACCCCCAUGAGCAAAGCAAACCCACUCUCAACCCUGCCACCAGCUCACCACUCAAUGUUUGUCCUAGGUGUAUAGUUUUCUUUCAUGUCGUUUGAGAGGUUGGAAUGAUCACGCAGGCUGUGUUGGCAUGUGAAAAGAUGAGCCAGGACCCAGAGCAGAUCUGAAAGAGGCAUGGUAGGGAGGGGAAGGGAAAAGGGGGUUUCCUUCCCCUGAUUUGACAUAGGCUGGUGGUUGCAUGCAGCUCUUCUCUUGGUGUCUCCCAAGCAUAUCUAGUCACUCUCCCAACAUCAGAGGAGUUGCAUGGAUAGGUUUUACCCUUUGAAUGAGAUGCCGUGGGGAAGUCUCUGUCCUGACCCUUUCAGAUUGAAUCAGUAACACACUGAAGCUGUCCUUUCCCCACAGCUUGCAAAGUGUGUGUUUCCUCCUAGAUUACUGGUGCUCUGCAUCCCCUUGAAAAUUGUGGAGGGGUAACUGGGCCUAAUCCAGUUCCCACUGAAGUAGGAGUGGGAGUGGGAUUGGCCCCAAGCCAGGUCACAGAGCUGUUACAGAACAGAGUCUGGUUUUUAAAGGCUCAUUGAACAAGCAGCUUCUAGCUAGAGAAGGGAUAUUUACUGAAACUCCAGCAUUCACCCUCAUUCUGAUACUAUAAAUGGAGACGAGUUUUGAAAGCAAAGCGAGCCAGGGCAGCACUUCUACCUUUGAAAGUAAAAAACCCACCCUUCUCCCCUGCCACGCACACUCUUGGGCACAGGUGAUUGAGCAGCAUACAUAUUUCAUGCUAAUUCCUCUUUACUUACAGGCUACCCACAGAACCAGCUAUUUAAUUGCACGUCCUAGCUGGCCUGACACUACCAUCUAUUUACAAUGUCACUAGAUGAUUGUGUCCAGCUUAUAAACUAGAGCACAGGUUCCCUGCUGGGAGCAACUUGCAUAAUCACCAACUUAGCUGCAUGACCAUGGAGUUGCUCUGGGCCAAAUAACUCAGUCCUUACUUCAGGAAAACUCCUGUUGACUUUCAUAUUCAGCCUACAGGAUGAGGCCCUCUUUUAGUACUGCCUCACCCACAGUGAGUUGCUGUAAGUACAGAGCAGUUACGUGUUGUGGGCACUAUGAAAUUGCAUUUCCUCCCUUAUUGCAAGUGUCGUUCACACCAGGAUUCAGGCAUUGGGGUAGGGUGAAGGGAUGGGACAAUGCACCUCUUUAUAACACACUCCUGGUGUUGCCCUGCCUAUUUAAAAUGCUUUCCCUACUUCAUAGAAACAAGACAGCGUUUCAUCUGCAGCCUCUCUGGAUUCACAGCCAUUUUAACCCCACCUUAAAGCACAUACAUUUUAUGAGACAGGGCUUCCUAGAAAAUACUUGUCAUUUAGCAUUUAAAAUAUUCAGAAUUCACCCAUGCUACGGGGACCUUUCCUGUAUUGUUGGAUCACACAACUUCUCUACCUGUUUUGAAAUUCAGAGGGUUUAUUUAAAGAAAGCAUCUGAGAAGUUCUCUUAGCUGAAAGUCCUGGAGCUAGUAUAGCUAAGAUUAUUAAAGUAACUUAUGUCAGAGCCUCCUAGAACAAGUGUUUUAUUCAUUGCUAUUUUUGGCUUUUAAAGUAAUAAUAAAAACCUGUCAGUGCUCACAAGGGAACAACACACUUCUAAUAGGUACCUAGUCAUUAGAACCAGUUUGGUUCUUUUAAUCUCAUAGCCUUUUCUGGGUCUGUUUUAACUAGGAUAGCCUAUGGUCUGAUUUUAUUGUGCAAUGUAUUGUUUUAAGAAGAAUGUUUAAUAUAGAGAGUUUUUCCUAAAUGUUAUGGAAAUAAAUUUAGCGGUCAGGAAAAAAGCACUGUGAUCUAGGUUACCUCAAUAUCAUUCACCUUGUGACUAACUAGAGGGUGUUUUUCUUUUUUGGGGGGAGGUGUGUGUGGGGGGGGUAUGUGAAAGGAUAAAGCAUGAAAGGGC